AUGAAUCUGCUCAGGCUUGGCACUCACGGAAACAACCCUGCGUCUUCCUGGCUUGUGAAACUCGGUUUUCUUUGGCUUCUUUGUCAGAACUGUUGCAGAGCUAGUGCUGUUUGGACUGCUUACAUGAACAUAUCCUUUCACGUUGGGAAUCGUAUGUUGUCGGAGUUGGGGGAAACCGGAGUCUUUGGAAGAAGCUCCACUUUGAAGAGAGUGGCAGGAGUUCUCGUGCCACCAGAAGGGAAAACUCAAAAUGCGUGUAACCCCACUACCAGUUUCCGAAGAUCAAAGAACUCCGAGACCUGGCUCGCACUCGUUGAACGGGGAGGUUGUACCUUCACGCAGAAAGUCAAGGUAGCCGUUGAGAAGGGAGCCAGGGGCGUGAUCAUCUACAACUUUCCCGGAACUGGUAAUCAGGUUUUUCCCAUGUCUCAUCAGGCGUUUGAAGACAUCGUCGUGGUGAUGAUCGGUAACCUGAAGGGCAUGGAGAUUUUACACUUAAUUCAGAAGGGAGUUCACGUCACAGCUAUAGUUGAGGUGGGGAGAAAACACAUCAUCUGGAUGAAUCACUAUUUUGUGUCUUUUGUGAUUGUCACAACUGCUACUUUAGCAUAUUUCAUCUUUUAUCAUAUUUGGAGACUUUGGGUAGCAAGGAUUCAGAACCGGAGAUGGCAGCGGUUAACGACCGAUCUCAAGAGAGCCUUUGGCCAGCUCCAGCUUCGGGUGCUGAAGGAAGGGGACGCGGAAAUCAGUCCCAACGGAGAUAGCUGCGUAGUUUGCUUCGAACCCUAUAAGCCUAACGAUACAGUUCGUAUUCUCACUUGUAAACACUUCUUCCACAAGAAUUGCAUCGACCCCUGGCUUCUGGCCCAUGGGACAUGUCCUAUGUGCAAAUGCGACAUUCUUAAAGCUUUGGGCAUUCAGGUGGAUGUUGAAGAUGGAACGGAAUCUUUGCAAGUUCUCAUGUCGAAUGAAUUGUCUGGUAACCUCCCUAGCGAAGAGGGGACAAACAACGAACCUCCUCCUGCGAGAGAGUCCGACAAAGUGACCAGUGUGGUGGAGGAGGAGGAGCCCACUCCUCAGAAUGACAGCCAGCCUCCUGCGGUAGCAGAAGAUGUUCCUCCUUCACCUUGACAGCAUGGCCUUUGAGGAAGUGGAUUA